UGCCCCUUGUAUGCUUGCUUGAGAGGGCAACUUAGCUACCGGCUACCGGUAUGUACUGUGCUGUGAGGAAGCCGACGGUGCGCUGCCGCUUCUUGAGAUCUGAUCUUUGCUUUGGGUGUGGACCAGUUCCGGGACUAACCAAUCGCGGUUGGAUCUUUUUGUACCGUUUGACAAGUUGUUCUCCUUUCGACCGUUGUGGAUGCACAUCAACACAUCAAGAGACAACAGCAAUCAGCUUCUUCUCUUUGAUAAGUUAGUUGUCUUCUCUAAACCUGGUCCCUGGUGAGCACAUGAAUAACAACCAUGACGGAAUCAAACACGCUAACGCAGAGACACGCCGCCAAGUCGACUAACAAGGAGCCAGCCUCUGAAAGCAACCCUGAUGAGACGAAGAAGAAGACUGCCACCUCCAACGAAGAACCACCCAAGUUUGAUUUAAUGAAAAAGCUGGGGAGUAUCGGAGGCAUGGUGGACUUUUCCUUUUUCCGAGCCCCCGCAUGGGUGGAUUUGUCAUUGCCUCCUGGAACGACUUCUCAAUGGGAACUCAACCAAGGCACCCCAGAUUUCGUUUCCAUCUUUACCGGCCAGGCCAUUCUCUUUAGUCCCAACUUGGUGUGGAUCAUCAUUGCGGCUCUGGUCUACGUGCUGGCACCCUACGAUUUGGACACCUUUCGCGAGCAUGGUUGGACAUUGGAUUGGUAUCUUCAACGAGCUUCCCUAAAUGUGUUUUUGGUCAUGGGAUACUAUGGAUUCUGGCAUGUAGUGCUGUACUGGAUGGGCAUGUCCAAGCGUCCUUUUGCCACUGGACGGGUCUACAAAUGGACCCAAGUCUGCCAUAAUGUUUGGUAUUGCUUCUUGGGAGCCCUCCAAUGGACUGGCUGGGAAAUGAUCAUGCUAGAUUUGUAUGCCACCGGACGCAUUGGAUAUCAGAGCGAUGAUGAAAUUUUGACCACAGGCAUCAAGGGGGUGGCCAAUUUCUUCUUUUGCGCCGUAUUCGUUCCCUUUUUCCGUGAGACACAUUUCUUCUUUGCACAUCGAAUCAUCCAUAUUCGAUGCUUAUACAAGUAUAUUCAUUCCCUUCACCACCGAAACACGGACAUUGAACCUUUCUCGGGACUCUGCAUGUCACCUUCCGAGCAUCUCUACUAUUACUCCAGUAUUGCGCCAUCAGUGUAUUGGUACGCCUCUCCCUUUCAGUUUCUCUGGAAUGGCAUUCAUUUGAUCUUGAGUCCUGGAGCGGGACACUCGGGGUGGGAAGAUCACUGGCAUUCGGAUCAAUUCCAUGCUGGCCAUCACCGAUACUUUGAAUGCAACUACGGGACACCGGGAACACCCUUUGAUCGGUGGUUCGGGUGCUUUCGAGAAACCAUGGCUCCGCAAACCAAAAAGUACGACGGAGAUGCGACCGAGUGCAAAAGUCAAGAGGGGAGUCCGAUUCUGACCGCACGCGCCGACGCCAAAUCCACACUCCUGGGUCUACCUUCGUGGGAUCAAAUGUUGUACAUGACCGUGAGCAGUUUGGGAUUGCCAGCCUUUGUCAUGUAUGUGGCCAUUCAUCGGAGUGACGACGAGAACAACAAACCCUUUUGGAUGCAAGCUUCUGUGGCUGCCUUGAUUGUUUCCGUUGGACCCAUGGUACUGGCGGCGUUCCUGUCUCUGGUCACGGCCAAUCCACCCGUCGAUUCGAUGGAAAAGUUCCGCAAUGCCAUGCUCUAUCCUUUUCAUAAUGAAGCCAUGUUUGGCAAGUUUGGAGUGGGUCUCUUGGUUGGAACGCUGUUGGGCAUUAUGCCCAUGUAUCACUUUUUUCAUUCUCUGUUCGUGGCGGACCCCAAUGACACUGUCUACAACCAGAUCUGGGGCACAAUUCUUUCUUAGUGAUACAUGUACUUCUACAAUCAGAAUUGGAAAGAUCUUGUUUGAUAGCUAAAGUAGCAAGUUGGCAUAGUACAUGUACAUGUAUGGCAUACAUGGUUGAUAAGCAAAACCAUAAUAUAUAUCUCUGCACCGCCGUAGGCAGAAGAGG